AGAAUAAAGGAAACCCGAAACCCGACGUUGCCGAAUCGCCGCAGACCGAAACGCAAAUAAAAUCGCUAUUUUUAUCGGUCGUUUCCUUAUUGUUUUGCUUAUUUUUCGGUGUUCGGUUUGUACAAAAUUCAAAUUACAGAGCUUUCUCUGAGUCUCAGCAACAGCCAACAGACAGCCACCAAGCUAUCUCUCUCUCUGGAAUGGGCGGGCGGCGGGGAUUUGAUCGGGUCAUGCUUCGAGCGGCGGUGGUAACGGCGGCGCUGGUGUGUAUCCAGAAUCUGAGCGUUUGCUGGUGUCUCAACAGAGAAGGGCUGGCAUUGAUAAAGUUUCGGGAGAGAGUGGUGAGAGAUCCGUACGGUGCUCUCUCGAACUGGAACGAUCAUGAGGGAGAGAUGGACCCCUGUUCGUGGUUCGGCGUCGAGUGCUCCGACGGAAAAGUGGUGAUCCUGAACUUGAGAGAUCUUUGUCUUGGAGGAACACUGGCACCUGAACUUGGGAAUCUGUCUUAUGUAAAAUCCAUUAUUUUGCGUAACAAUUCCUUCUCUGGAAAUGUUCCUAAAGAGAUUGGAGAAUUGAAGGAGCUGGAGGAGUUAGAUUUGGGAUAUAAUAACUUCAGCGGGCCAUUUCCACCCGACUUUGGCAAUAAUAUGUCCCUCACGAUCCUUUUACUAGACAACAACAAAUUCCUGGGCAGCAUAUCUCCUGAACUUUAUGAGCUUAAGAUGCUUUCUGAACUUCAGGUAGACCAAAAGCGGCUAUCUAAUGCUGAUUUAGAGGCAACUUGCCACAGAAGAUCCAUACACUGGAAUGUUGGCCUAAACCCACCCAACGCCAGGAGGCUGCUGCUGAUGGUGGAUGCCCCAAACCCACACUAUGCCAGAAGUCAAAGCUAUACAGGGAAUUCUGAGUUAUCUUCUUCACCUUCUUUAUCUUCUUCAUCAUCGUCGUCAUGGUUUGCCACCUCAAUGUUACCUCCAGAUGCACCAUUAUCAUCAAUAUCAUUUCCCCCAUUAACAUCUCCAUCAUCUUUCCCAGAGUCUCCAUCUAGCUCGCCAUUUGGGGAUCCCACUCAAAACUUUUUGAUACCUUCCCCAUCACCUGAGUCAGGUACAGCUUCACCAACUCCAGCAAAUCCACCCAUUGUUGUUCAUGCACAACCCCCAUCCCAUUCUGCCCCAGCACCAUCACGUUCUGCCUCAAUGCCUUCCCCUGCUUUGACUCCAAAAAAAAUGGUAGAUACAGGUUCCAAGUUUAAGCAUCGAACGGUUUUAGCUUUGUGUGGUGUACUAGGGGCUUCUAUGGUAAUAUUUGUUUCAGCCAUUGGCAUUAUGUUUUGUCGAAGCAGUAAGGUGGUUACUGUCAAACCUUGGGCCACAGGAUUAAGUGGGCAGCUGCAGAAAGCAUUUGUGUCAGGGGUACCAAAGCUCAAGCGAUUCGAACUAGAAACAGCUUGUGAAGACUUCAGUAAUAUAAUUGGUUCUUUGUCCAAUGUCAGAGUGUACAAAGGGACUCUUUCGAGUGGAGUUGAAAUAGCAGUAACAUCCAGUGCAUUGACAAAUCCUGAAGACUGGACAAAGAAUUUAAAAGCCCAAUUCAGAGAAGAGAUUGACACGCUGUCAAGGCUGAGCCACAAGAAUUUUGUGAAUCUUAUUGGGUAUUGUGAAGAAGAAGAGCCUUUUACAAGAAUGAUGGUGUUUGAGUAUGCUCCAAACGGAACGCUGUGUGAGCAUUUACAUGCAGUAAAAGAAGCAGAGCACCUGGACUGGGCAAUGAGGCUGCGUAUAGCUAUGGGCACAGCAUACUGCCUCGAUUAUAUGCAUCAGCUCACCCCACCCAUAUUUCAUAGGAACCUCCAAUCUUCCUCUGUAUAUCUGACUGAGGACUAUGCAGCCAAAGUUUCAGACUUCAGUUUCUGGAAUAAGGUAACUGCAGCCAAGAAAGGAUCAGCUGCCACAGAGCUCUUAGAUACGCCAGCAGCAGAUCCAGAAGGCAACAUCUACAGAUUUGGGGUAAUUUUAUUGGAGAUGGUGACGGGAAGGCUAGCCUACUCAGUAGGAAGUGGCUCUCUCACAGACUGGGCAUGUGACUAUCUGAAUGGGAAUAAACCCUCAAGAGAAAUGGUGGAUCCAACUCUGAAGUCUAUCAAAGAGGAUGAACUGGAGAAACUGCUUCAAGUGGUAAAAAUUUGUAUCCACCCUGACCCGGAACAGAGGCCAACAAUGAGGGAGGUCACCGCCAAAUUGAGAGAGAUCACUGAUAUGGAACCUGACGGAGCAACUCCAAAAUUAUCUCCUCUUUGGUGGGCAGAGGUUGAGAUCAUGUCUUCAGAAGCAAGUUAAGAGUUGCAAUCAAUUCCUCAAGUAUGAAGUUUUUUUUUUAAUGAUUUUUGCCCCCUUUCUUUUGUUUUUCUGCUAUUGUUCACAGAAGCAGUGGUGUAGAGUAGGUACUGCUGGUUAAGGUAUAUGAGACUAUGAGUGAUAUUUGUAUAUAGAAGGGAAGAGCUGUUUGACAUUGUUUGCUUGCCACAAGCUAUACGAGUGAUAUUUGUGUAUGGAAAGGGAAGAGCUGUUUGAUAUUGUUUGGUUAUCACCUUGUAAAGAAACCAUACUCUUAAAUUAAUAAAAACAUGCUUUGUGGAAA